AUGUACCAACCACAAUUGCAACGACGAGAUGUCGCCUAUUCCGCCUACUCUGGCCACUACCCCAACCAAUAUGCCUCAACGUCGACCGUACCAGUCUCUACCCCUUAUUUUCCUACAUUCCCCCAUCUACAACAACAGCUGCCUCAGAAGCCUCCAGAUGUCCGCCCACCGCCACCUGAACCCUCGGUAACUCCAGCCGUAGCUUCCAGAGCUAUUCAACGACUUGUCUCUUCGGAGCUGCGGUUUGCAGGGCUUGAUUCAGCACAUCAAUCCGUCGUACAACGCCUUGAAUUGGAGGUCGUCGCGCUUGUUCAGCGACUCUUUCAACGGGCCCAUGAAUACGCGAAUCUGGCCAACAGGUCGGGCGCCAUUGCAUCUGAUCUUGCACUUGCUUGCGAAGAGUUCAAUCUGCCCAUAACCGAGCUACGAAAGGUCAGAACGAGAGCCAAAUCAAAGAAAUCCAAGAAGAUGAAAGGGGCGGCGAAGAAUUUGAAUCUUACACCCAGUUUACCCAUCCUCGUACCACCACGUUCACGCUCGCCGUCUCCCGAGCUACUUGGCUCCGACGAUGAAGGCACGACAGCUAUAAUCCCCGCGACACUUCGCAAUCUGCCACCCUGUUUUCCUAGUCUACCACCAAAACACACAUAUUUACAAACUCCAGCAUCACCUCCCAAGAAAGCUGCCCUGCCGUCCCUCGAAAAGAAGCUCAAGACAGCAAGUUUGGUACAGGACUCUCUGCAAAAUUUAUUACUUGCGACGGAGGAUAACACAAACCAAGAAGAUGGAGAGUUGCUUGGCCACAUUGUCAACUGGGAAAUGGGAGUCCACCCCAGAAAAAGAUGGAAGAUAGGACCAAAGUGA